AUGCUCUUCCACGAGAACGGCAGCUUCUUUAUCCAAGCAUCCUGGCAAGACCUGGGCAGUUGCAACGGCACCUGUGUGCGGUUGAGCCCCGAGCGAGCCAGCAGUGAUUGGCAUCCCAUCAUCGAUGGUGAUGUCCUGGGUGCUGGCUGUACAAAGAUCCGGUGCAGAGUGUGCCAUCCGUAA